AUGGCUGAUGCUGAGACCUGGCAACCUUACGAGCCCUACCCGCAACCAUCGCAUCCUCAGAGGAACAAAAUCGUGGACUACCCCGUCAUCCCUACCUUUCAACACUGGCGAUUUCCCCACGAACUUCCUCCAUCUUGGAAUGACAUUCGCGAACUCACUCAGAUCCUACAGGAUCCACCCGGGUCGCACUGUAGACUGACACAAUGCGAUUAUUCCGUCGAGAAUGCUCACUUGAUCCCGGCGGCGGAAAAGGGGUGGUUUGACGAGAACACCAUGUAUGAUUACACAAUUUCCACUGAGAUGGACCAGAUGCAGGACCCGAACAAUACCGUCCGCCUCAGGAGCGACAUCCACAGAGUCUUUGAUUCGAAGUGCUUUGCCAUCGUACCUAUCAAGCGCCGACUUGUGGCUUACUGCCUCAACGCGAAACCAGGUUCUCAAGUCGAGCGUCUCUUCCACGGGGUUGAGCUUCAGAGACUCAACAACCCGCCCGAACUUCUAUUCGCCCGCUUUGCUUACUCGGUCUUUGAGAAUCUGCGAGGCUUCCUCGACGCACGUGUGGAAAGACAUCUUUGCUUCUGGACAGGAGAUACAUGGACAACAGAGACUUGUGAUGUUGAACGGUGUCAGCAAUUUUCAAGAGUGACUGCAUCCCAAGGCAAAUCCAGGAGUGUCAGUCGUAAAAAGCGAUCAAGGCGAGACGUUGAAGGAAUGGGGAGCUCUAGUGAGGAAUCGGCGGAGGAGGAGGAGGAGAAUGGGAGAGGCCGCAAGAGACAUCGAUCUGAAGACUCCACCAGUUCUGAUGGUGCAAGCGACUCGUCCUGA